AUGGGUGCUAUUUUUACAGAAGACCAACGAGAUAGUAGCAUUGAAUAUGCAUUUAAAUAUGCCGUGUAUCGCAUAAAUAAGGACAAAUUGCUAUUAUCAAAUACGCAGCUUAUUUACGACAUAGAGUACGCUGCGCGGGAUGAUUCAUUUCGGACAACUAAGAAAAUUUGUCGACAAUUGGAAUCGGGUGUCCACGUCAUUUUUGGGCCAUCAGAUGCAUUGCUUUCGGAUCAUGUGCAAUCAAUAUGUACAUCGUUUGGUAUUCCACACAUCGAGUCUCGCAUUGAUUUAGAUGAAAAUAAUAAGGAAUUAUCUAUUAAUUUGUACCCCUCACAGCGACUCAUGAAUUUGGCUCAUAAAGAUUUGAUGAUAUUUUUAAAUUGGACGAAAACUGCUGUACUCUAUGAAGACAAUUUGGGUAUUUUCAAUCAUCAAGAUUUGCUGCAUUUAACUGCAGAUAUCCGAACAGAACUAUACAUUCGUCAGACGUCACCGAAAACUUAUCGUCAAGUUCUACGAGCGAUACGAAUGAAGGAUAUUUAUAAAAUUAUUGUAGAUACAAAUCCCACAAACAUAAAUGUUUUCUUCCGAGCAAUUCUUCAACUACAGAUGAAUGAUCAUCGCUAUCAUUAUAUGUUUACAACAUUUGUAAGUAUAAAAAUUUGGUAUAUUAAUUACUAG